GUGUAUGACAUGUAACACUGCAGUGUGACCCAGGCUGCGCUUCUGUUGGCAGUGGCACAGCUGUCAGUCCUGUCCUCCAAGCGACUUCGACUUGCACAGACUCAUGAGUGUCUGACAAGACACCUCGAGUGUAUUUCUAUUUUCUGUGGAGUAGCGUCGUGCUAUGUGUCAUUGGUAAAAGCCCCAGCCUGUCUCGCCAUGCCGGUGUUCCUAGAGGAUCCCUCUCAUUUCUCCAAAGAGAGGCUGAAGUCUGAACUAAUUGCACACAAUGUGGCUUUGCCGUCGACAGACAGCAAGAAAAAGGAAUAUUUAGAGCUCUACCUGAGAAACGUUAGCACGAAAAAUGCCGCAGAUUUCUCGAGUGACGAGGAGGAGGAACAACCGGUGCAGGUUCCCAGCGUGGAGAAGGGUGGCGCGGCAUCACCACCGGUGGCGGCAGCAGCAGCAGUGGCAGCAGAUAUGCGGGACUUGACCAGACUGAGCGAUGAGGAGCUGAAGGAGCGCCUGCUGCUGCACGGCUUCCAGGCCGGACCCAUCACAGCUACGACGCGGCACGUGUACGAGAAGAAGCUCCAGAGGCUGCUGGAGCCGAAGCCCUCUAACGGAGCCGGAGAGGGAGCCAGAGCCGCCGGAGACCAGGCCCUCUACUCCGACAGUGAGGAUGAAGAGGGGGAGGAGGAGGAGGUGGAAGCAGAGGAAGAGGAGCCACAGCCAGAGCCCAGCACUGAGACCGUGUCAGCUGUGGAGAGGGCCACUGCGGACAACAGGCAGAUGGAGCAGCACAGUGCGGAUGGGUAUCGGUAUGGCUCGUAUCCUCAGUGUUUUGUGCCAUACACCAGAGUGAUUGAGCCCGUGGCCAAAUCGAGAGGCUGCAGCCGCACCACUAGACAGGCGGUCUCCCGCGCUACAGCGGUGUCUAACUCUAAACAGGCACUCAGCACUGUAGUGGAAACCGCUACUAAACAGGCACCCGCUACUGUAGUGGCAACCGCUACUGCAGCACCGCCCUCCACUUUCUCAAUUGCUGCACUUGUAGAGGAGACUGACAGGAAACGAGCAUCAUUGUCCCAAAGUAAAACGAGCUGCCUAACAAAUGGUCCGGCGGUUCAUCAUCGGAGCACUCAGGCUGCUGCAAAGAGGAUGCUCAGUAAGUUCACCAUGACGGACACGUUCCUCUGGCGCCCUGCAGUGGAGACCAUGUCCCAACAAACACAGGCAGUGCCUUCAUUUGUGUCCCCGUCGGUGCCUGUGCCAGAGGAGGAGGAGGAGGGGGAGGAGCCUGUAGAGGAUGUGCUCAUGGAGAUCUUCCCAGAGGCGGAGAGAACACCCACGGGCAUCACGGCGACGCGGCGGCGGCCGAUCAAGGGGGCGGCGGGGCGGCCGGUGAAGUACGCGCACCCGGACACGCCGCUGAGCCCCCACACGGCUGACCUGCGGGAGGUGCGCCACCGGCAGGUGCCCCUCUGGCUGCAGCUGCUCAUCUUCCUGCUGCUCUCCUGCCUGCUGUACGCCGCCUACACCUGCCUCUCCAGCACCGAGGACGACCAGGAGAGCCCUCUCGCGCGCCUGCUGGACGGCCUGGGCCAGGCGGCCGACCCCGUCCUGGAAGAGGAGGUGACUGCCAGUGUCGUGGAGGACGUGGUUGCCGCGUCCACGGCUGACCUCGCUGCCUCUAUGGCUGAUGUGGCCGCUGAGUCAGUGGCUGACGCCGACGAUGUGACCGCCUCAUCCGUGGCUGAUGUUGCUGCUUCGGUGGCCGACGUGGCUGCAUCCAUGGCUGACGCUGCUGCCUCUUCUGUGGAGGACGUGGCUGCAUCCGUGGCCAACGUGGCUACCUCUGUGGCCGACAUGGCUGUUUCUGUUGCUGACGACGUGGCUCACUCUGUGGCAGACAUGGCUGCCUCCGUGGUCGAUGCUGCUGCCUCCGUGGUCGACGCCGCUGCCUCCGCAGUGGAGGAAGUGGCUAACUCUGUGGUUGACGAUGCCUCUUUGGUGGUCGAUUCCUCUGCAACGGUCGUGGAGGAUGUAGCUGUGGCCGACAUCGCUGCGUCUGCGGUGGAGGACGUCGUGGCUACCUCUGUGGCUGAAGUAGCUGCCUCUGUGGUCGAUUCCUCAGCGACAGUCGUGGAAGAUCUAGCUGCCUCGGUGGUUGAUGCCUCCGCGACGGUUGUUGAAGAUGUGGCUGCUUCGGUGGUCGAGUCGUCGGCAACGGUUGUGGAAGAUGUUGCUGCCGCGGUGGUCGAGUCCUCUGCAACGAUCGUGGCUGAUGUAGCUGCCUCUGUGGUCGAUGCCGCUGCCUCAGUGGUCGACACUGCUGCCUCCUCGGUGGAGGACGUGGCUGCCUCUGUAGUCGAAGCCGCUUCCUCAGUGGUAGAAGACGUGGCUGCCUCGGUAGUCGACGCCGCUUCCUCUGUGGUAGAAGACGUGGCUGCCUCCACGGUGGUCGACACUGCUGCUGCGUCUAUGGUGGAGGACGUGGCUACCUCAGUGGUAGAGGACGUGGCUGCCUCUGUAGUCGACGCCGCUUCCUUAGUGGUAGAAGACGUGGCUGCCUCAGUAGUCGAUACUGCUGCUGCCUCGGUGGUCGACUCUGCUGCCUCCGCCGUGGUUGAUGAAGCUGCUUUGAUUGUAGAAGAGGCUGUUGUACCUCCUCUUAGUGGGGCGUAGAAAGUAGAAUGUGGACAGAUGUGGAUGUCGGGAGGGACUGGGUUCUGCCAUCGUGAGGGUGAGGGUAGGAGGGGGAGGUGGGGGUGGGGUGGUUGGGAUUUUUUUCUGGUGCUCGGCCCUGCCAAUGUUUGUUUUUUACAAGCGCUUUGCUACUCAUUUCUAUUGCUCAUUGCUAAAUGAUGUUGUUGCUGCCGUCAUGCAUUCAGCUAGAUAUUACUGUGCCUUACACUGUGAAACAAAACAAAACGGACAAUUAUACUGGUUGUUAACUUUGAUGAGGAAUUGGAACUAAACAGCAGUACAGCAAAAAAAAGUAUUCAUUUUUACAUUGGCGAUGAGGACACUUGUGUGGGUGUGGUUGAUUGUCAUUAUUUGUCCUGUCUAUUUGGAAAUGCUACUUCAGAAAGAAAUUAAAAAAAUGAAGGGGAACAAA